CAACCUGAGAGACUCAACCUGAGAGACACAAGCUUCCAGAGACUAGACACCAGACAGGACCCAGAGAGACCAGACAGAACAAAAAAGAUACCUGAGUUAUGGAGACACAUCAGUGUGAAACCUGUGGGAAGAGCCUUUCCUCGUCCAGUAGCCUCAAGCAGCACAUGAAGAUCCACACUGGAGACAAGCCCUACAGCUGUGACCUCUGUGGCUAUAGUUGUACAACAAAUGGCAGUCUGAAAAGCCAUAUGUAUAUCCACUCUGGAGAAAAGCCUUACAGCUGUGACCUCUGUGGUAAAACCUUUAGCCAUUCUGGCCACUUGACAGUUCACCGCAGGAUCCACACUGGAGAGAAGCCUUACAGCUGUGACCUCUGUGGUAAAACCUUUAGCCAUUCUGGCCAAUUGACAGUUCACCGCAGGACACACACUGGAGAGAAGCCCUAUUACUGUGACCUCUGUGGCUAUAGUUGUGCAACAAACAGCAGUCUGAAAAGCCACAUGUAUAUCCACUCCGGAGAAAAGCCUUACAGCUGUGACCUCUGUGGUAAAACCUUUAGACAACCUGGCCAAUUGACAGUUCACAGCAGGAUCCACACUGGAGAGAAGCCUUACAGCUGUGACCUCUGUGGCUAUAGUUGUGCAACAACCGGCAGUCUGAAAAGCCACAUGCAUAUCCACUCCGGAGAAAAGCCUUACAGCUGUGACCUCUGUGAUAAAACCUUUAGCCAUUCUGGCCAAUUGACAGUUCACCGCAGGACACACACUGGAGAGAAGCCCUAUUACUGUGACCUCUGUGGCUAUAGUUGUGCAACAAACAGCAGUCUGAAAAGCCACAUGUAUAUCCACUCCGGAGAAAAGCCUUACAGCUGUGACCUCUGUGGUAAAACCUUUAGACAACCUGGCCAAUUGACAGUUCACAGCAGGAUCCACACUGGAGAGAAGCCUUACAGCUGUGACCUUUGUGAUAAAACCUUUAUACAGAGCUGGGAUUUCAAAGUUCAUUGCAGAAUCCACACUGGAGAGAAGCCCUACAGCUGCCCACACUGUGACUAUUCAGGUCAAACAAAUGGCAAUCUGAAGAGUCACCUGCGUAUCCACAAUAAUAAAACAAAAACAAAGCAGUGAUGUCUGGGGCCAAGCUGUCCCAGCAGUCACCACUUGAGAGACCUUCUGUAUGACCCACAGCUGGAAGAACUACUGGCAUACACCUACUGGGACAGUACAUGAAGUAACACCAGAUCUACAGUCCAACAUGACAGGACACAGGAAAGAUGCUCUACCCCUGUAAUGAUGGAGGGAAAGCUGUGUCAGACUGGGUAGAA